AUACUUUGUUUAAAACAACAACAUCGAUGUAAUUGAUGUAGUUUUAAAUUGCAUUUGAAUCGUGUGAGUUGUGAAAUUCUAACAUUUGAACUCAUUUUUCAUACGUUUUUAAUGAAGGUAUGUUUUACUAAUCAUUUAUUUCGACAAUUAAAGUUUAGUGCAAGUAAAAGGUCAUUUUCCGCCAUGAAACGAGCAAGAGGAGCCGAAGUUGAAAAUUCCAAAAGUGCAAAGAAGCAAACCAACGAUGCGGCAGCUAAACCUUCUGAAUCAUCCCCCGGCAAAAGUACGUCAAAUUUUAUAGACAAUUUCAAGCAACAGCGGCUAGAAUGUGCUUCUGAUGUUCUACAAUUUUCAUAAAAGAAACGUGUACGAAUUUUAAGCAAGGAUCAAGAAGUGCGCGAAGAUUGCAAUGGUCCCGUCGUAUACUGGAUGUCACGUGAUAUGCGUGUCCAGGAUAAUUGGGCUUUCUUGUAUGCUCAACGUUUGGCCUUGAAAUUAGAAUUACCAUUGGUAGUGGUGUUUUGUUUAGUACCGAAGUUUUCAAAUGCCACUAUACGGCAUUACAAAUUUCUCUUGGGUGGCCUGGAAGAGGUUGCCAGUGAGUGCGAGGAAUUGCAAAUACCUUUUCAGCUAUUAAUGGGGCCUGCCAAGGAACGUUUAUUGGAGUUUAUGAAAGAACAUGAUGGAGCCGCUGUGGUUUGCGAUUUUGCCCCUUUACGUGUCCCACUACAAUGGGUGGAUGAUGUAAAGGUGGGUUUGGAGAAAGCAUGUAAGUGUCCUCUCAUACAAGUUGAUGCCCACAAUGUUGUACCUGUCUGGGUUGCUUCAGAGAAACAGGAAUAUGGUGCUCGCACCAUUCGCAACAAAAUCAAUUCUAAACUACCAGAAUUUCUUACCGAGUUUCCGCCUGUGGUAAAACACAAAUAUAAGCUAAAGGUGGCACUACCCAACGUCGAUAGGAAGAAAGCAUACGAAUCUCUUGAGUGUGAUAUGACAGUAGAUGAAGUACCGGGAAUUCGUCCAGGCUAUAAAGCAGCCUGCAAACAAUUGGAAGAGUUUUGCACCAAACGUAUAAAACUAUUUGGUGAAAAACGCAAUGAUCCCACCAUUAAUGCCUUAUCUGGAUUAUCACCUUGGUUUCAUUUUGGCCAAAUAUCCGUCCAACGAUGCGUACUUGCGGUACGUUUGAAUAAAAAUAAAUAUAAAGAAUCUGUGGAAGCAUUCUGUGAAGAAGCCAUAGUUCGUCGUGAACUAGCCGAUAACUUUUGUUAUUACAAUAAAAACUAUGAUAAUCUUAAAGGCCUGCACGAUUGGGCAGCCAAAACCCUCAACGACCAUCGCAAAGAUAAGCGAUCGCCAUGUUAUAGUUUGGAGGAAUUUGAGACGGCCCACACACAUGAUGACCUGUGGAACAGUGCCCAGUUGCAGCUGGUAAAGGAAGGAAAAAUGCAUGGGUUUUUGCGUAUGUAUUGGGCCAAGAAAAUCUUGGAGUGGUCUGAAUCACCAGAAAAGGCAUUGGAAAUUGCUAUUCUACUAAAUGAUAAAUACAGUUUGGAUGGUAGAGAUCCUAACGGCUAUGUGGGUUGCAUGUGGUCCAUUGGCGGAAUUCAUGACCAAGGUUGGGCUGAAAGAGCUAUAUUUGGUAAAAUUCGCUACAUGAACUACCAGGGGUGUAAACGAAAAUUUGAUGUCAAUGCAUUUGUAGUGCGUUAUGGAGGCAAAGCAUAUCACAAGAAGUAGAAUUUUACAUACAACCAAUAUGUAUUUGUUACUUUUUAUAUUCUUUUUUUAAUAAAGCGAGCGCAGAACCUCAA